AUGGAUAACUUAACAGGCUACAACCACGCUUCGGCACUAGGAACACGCCACUUCUGCAGUACAUGCGGCUGCCACGUCGGCGAUCUAGGACUAGACGAUGGAAACUGGACAAUAUCCACAGCGAUCUUCACAGAACCAAAUACCGGGCUGUGGGAGAUGAGGUCGCAUUGCUUUACGAAUUCAUCAGCUGAUGGUGGUCUCUCAGCUAUAUUUUCGCAUAUUGAUGGUCGGCGGCUUGGGUUCUUUAACCCGGAGGAUACAUCCUCUGGCUUGACGAAGGACGUCGGUAGAGAUAUCCGAACCGAUGAAGCAGAGUCUACUUCCGAGGGACUACUCGCUGAAUGCCAAUGCGGCGGCGUUUCCUUUACCAUUUCCCGUCCUCGAGAAGAAUUCAUCGCCAGUCCUGCAAGUGAAGGAUGGUUACACUCAUCUGAUACGAGUAAAUGGCUUGCACUUCUUGAUCUAUGUGACGAUUGCCGCCUCACUUCUGGAACAAAUGUCAUGGCUUGGAUGUACGUUCCGUUGGAUCAUAUAUCGCCCCACAUAUCGGCAGACUUGGCUAUUGGGUCAUCGAAGAGUUACAGAUCGAGUAAAGGUAGGCUGCGGACGUUCUGUGGGACUUGUGGCGCGACGGUGUUUUAUAUUUCUGAUACUCGGCCUUCGGUUGUCGAUGUGGCGGUUGGAAUUUUGCGUGCGCCGGAGGGGACGAUGGCUGAGAAGUGGGCUAUCUGGAGGGCUGGGAGAAUUGCAGCUGCUAAUAGUGGAUUGAAGUAUGAUCCUGGAUUUAGUAAGGCGCUUAUUGAGGGAAUGGCGAGAUGGGGUGGUGAGCGCGGGAUGCCGGAGGAUUUUGUAGUGCCAUAG